UUUGCAAGGAGCGCUGAGCCGGGCUGCUCCACUGUACUUUGUUGGCUGAGAAGUUGAGCAGGGGGUGGGGGUGGGAGGGUGGGGGGCUGGGGGGGUCGCGUCCGAAAGCCCUCACACCGGUCCGGGUGCCACCUCUCCCUGCUUGGGCGCCGCCGCGCGAGUGCUUCCCUUCCCCCUGCGAGCGCCCGGAUAAUGUCUGAGAAUGUCCAUUUCUGGGACGCUUAGCAGCUAUUAUGUCGACUCGAUCAUAAGUCACGAGAGUGAGGACGCGCCUCCAGCCAAGUUUCCUUCUGGCCAGUACGCGAGCCCGCGGCAGCCGGGCCACGCGGAGCACCUGGAGUUCCCCUCGUGCAGCUUCCAGCCCAAAGCGCCGGUGUUCGGCGCCUCCUGGGCGCCGCUGAGCCCUCACGCGUCCGGAAGCCUGCCGUCGGUCUACCACCCCUACAUCCAGCCCCAGGGCGUCCCGCCGGCGGAGAGCAGGUACCUCCGCACCUGGCUGGAGCCCGCGCCGCGCGGCGAAGCUGGCCCGGGGCAGGGCCAGGCGGCGGUGAAGGCGGAGCCGCUGCUGGGCGCGCCUGGGGAGCUGCUCAAACAGGGCACGCCCGAGUACAGUUUGGAAACUUCGGCGGGCAGGGAGGCCGUCCUGUCUAAUCAAAGACCCGGCUACGGGGACAAUAAAAUUUGCGAAGGAAGCGAGGACAAAGAGAGGCCGGAUCAAACCAACCCCUCCGCCAACUGGCUGCACGCUCGCUCUUCCCGGAAAAAGCGCUGUCCCUACACCAAAUACCAGACGCUGGAGCUAGAGAAGGAGUUUCUGUUCAAUAUGUACCUCACCAGGGACCGUAGGCACGAAGUGGCCAGACUCCUCAAUCUGAGUGAGAGACAAGUCAAAAUCUGGUUUCAGAACCGGCGGAUGAAAAUGAAGAAAAUGAAUAAGGAACAGGGCAAAGAGUAAAGAUUACCCUCAGCCCUCCCCUGCUCUUCCCCAUCUCUUAUUUAUGUGAUGGCUGCAAAGCCAGUGCUGUCUGGGAUGUAUUCAAGUGAAUGGGGAAGGGCAUCUUUAUCUCCAAGUCCUUUUCCUGCACCUAGAGCCUCUCUCCUUUCCUUUGCCCUUACCUGUCUCUCUUCUCCCUGGGCAUCAGGAGAAAGUUUUGUUGAUUUAGAAGGUAGAAGUAGUUGGUUCCUAAGAAGGUGAUGGGCCACAAGGAAAGAGAGACCCUAGUCAAGCGCCUAGCAUCCCUUGUAAUUUUUCUGGGAAGCCCCAGCCCCUUCCAGCUUGCCUGUUCCCUCCCUGCACCAAUCCAAAAGUUGUCCAGGGACACUCCAACUGCACACAGCCCAGCAGAUACCCACAAACAUACAGCCUGGAGCCCACAGUAAUAACAGGGAAAGCUCACAGCCACCAUUCAGUCAAGUGAACUGACACCCCAAAUGCAGACUGUCAAAUAUCAAAUCUGGCAGAACAGUCCUCAGACCAUCAGGCAAGCCUGGGUUCUACCCCUGAAGCAAAUACGCACGGAGAAGAUGUGUAGAGACAGAGACAGACUCCUGAAUGAGGCGCUGCAGCCCCAAGGUGUCAGCAUUGCAAUACCUUCCCUAUGGAGUCACCACCUAUACCUAGGCCAUGGGGCCUCAGGUAGAUGGGGCAAACCUAGCUCCCAAGCUGGUGGGCUAGAAAGGGCAAGAAAAGGCAGCAAGUGGUCUUAGGAAGAUACCUUAAGUGGAGCUUUCCCCCACUCCACCCUCCACAUUUUGUUGCAGGAAAUAUUUAAUUCUGCAUGAUGGUUUCCUCUCCUUCCAACAAAAGGAGGUCAAACUGUGGGUCAUAGAGCCUUGACAAUGUCGUCCUCCUGUUCAUCUGUGCCCCACUUGACAGACUGUAGCUUCUCUUGCUCUCCACCAGCCCUGCAUUAUUCCGCGUCCUUCCUAGCUCUGAAAUCAACUCUCUGUUCGGCCAAAUCCACCUUGCACCAGCGAGCCAAGCUGCCCCUUGUAGAAAAUCCCCUCCACCCUCCACACUCCCCCCCUAGGUCGACCCCACCACUGUAGGCAGGAAGGCUGGCUCAGUGGAACCUGACUGAGAAUUUAUUGUGAAUCGAUUCCUGAGCACCCUUCGGGGUAAGUUAUCCGGGACAGGGAGGAGCUAUGGCCCCAGCGCGCAUAGCUCGGCGCUGUUCCUCCCCAUCCUGCCCGCUUCCCGCGCGGAGGAGCCCUGGGCUAGGCGGCAGCCGACCGAGCGCCAGAGGAGACGGGCCCCAGCGCCGGGCUUUGCUACACCGGCCUGGGCGGCGAUCUGCGCGACUGGUGCGAUCGCACGCUUCUGUGGCAGCAGUCCCGCAUGCAAAGGAAAGAAACUAAAUCGCACCUAAGCAUCAGACAGAAGCUUACUCUCUGCUUCCCCUCCUCCCCCCUAGUUCCCCAGCUCUCAAUCCCCUCCAAUUCCUUCUUGCUCCUGCUUCUCCUGAUCCUGCAAGGGAGCAUCCCAGUAGAAGUUUUUUGCUUUGUCGGUGGCUGUCGUGAAAUUGUGCUUGUGUUUUGUGACUUCUUUGGGGGUGAUUGUCUCGCCUGUUUUCAGUUGUCGCUUAUAUGGGAGGGUUGUGGGUGGGAGUGGGGAGGGUGAGGGGCCUAGAGCUCUAAUCGUUUGUUUUGGAAGAAAAAAGAAAAAGAAAAAGAACAAAAAAUAUAUAUCACUCUAGAAAAUAAA